CUGUGUAUAAAUGAAGACUUGGCCAAGAAAGAAAAAAAUCAGAUCUCAAAAAAUGGUUUCAUAACUCUCGUUUUUCUCUUUAUCGAUUCUUCUUUCGCUCAGUGCCCAAUUCAACAGGUUUAAACCAAUCCUAUGAAUAGAGGAGGUUGUGGUGGUGGCCCUGGUAGAGGCGGUCGUGGUUUUGGUGGCCGCGGAGGAGGUCCUGGUUUUGGUCCAGGAGGUCCUGGUUUUGGCCCAGGAGGUCCUGGUUUUGGUCCAGGAGGUCCUGGUUUUGGUCCAGGAGGUCCUGGUUUUGGUGGCCGGGGCCCGAGAGGUCCUGGUUUUGGCCCAAGAGGCCCUGGUCCUUGGAGUGGCCCAAGAGGUCCUCGUCCUGGUGGAGGAGGAGGCCCUGGUCCUGGUCCUUGGAGUGGCCCAAGAGGUCCUCGUCCUGGCGGAGGAGGAGGUCCUGGUUCUGGUUGUGGCUCAGGGACAGGCGGCGGAAAUCAGGGGCAAGGAGGAAUGUGGAGAGAUGAGCGACCAUCAAACAAGAUACUGACAAUAACAAGUUUCUCCGUGAUCAAAGGGAGAGGAGAACCCUACGAAUCCUCGGUCUUUGAGGCCGGUGGUUACAAAUGGAGAUUAGUUUUGUAUGUUAAUGGUAAUCAAAACGAUGGUGGAAAUAACCAUAUUUCACUUUACGUGAGGAUCGAAGAGACAGAAUCUCUUCCAAAAGGCUGGGAAGUCAAUGUUGAACUCAAACUCUUUGUCUACAAUGGGAAGCAACGCAAGUAUUUGAUUGUUAAAGAUGGAAUAGUGAAACGAUACAAUGAUGCGAAAAAAGAGUGGGGAUACGGAAAAUUGAUUCCUCUUACAACAUUCCUUGACACGAACGAAGGUUAUCUUGAGCAGGACAUUGCUUCUUUUGGUGCUGAGAUCUUCAGCGGCACAGCGGUCCAAGUACAAGAGAAAGUCACAUUCAUAUCCAACCCUCCAAACAAUGUUUUCACUUGGAAGAUACUUCAUUUCUCUAACUUGGAAGAUAAAUUCUAUUACUCUGAUGAUUUUCUUGUUGAAGACCGAUAUUGGUUAGUUUUUUUUUGGUAACCAUAUCAUUUAGACCUUAUUCCGGAAAAAAUCAUAAAGAUUGCACCCAUUAUGUGAAUUUUUUUGCCGUGGUCAAGUAUAAUAACGGUUUUUGGUUGAUGUAUAAUCAGGAGAUUAGGAUUUAACCCAAAAGGUACUGGUGAUGGAAGAUCACAAGCGAUCCCAAUCUUCCUAUAUGCUCAAGGCCAUAAGCCAAACGCAGUUGCUACAAACACUUGGGGAGCGGUUAAUCUGCGGUUAAAGAAUCAACGAAGCUCCAACCACGCACAAAUAUAUUCUGCAGCUUGGUACCCUACUCGAAGCGAUUAUGGUGUGGGAGUUAACACUAUCAUAUCGUUAGCAGAAUUCAAUGAUGCAUCGAAAGGGUAUUCGGUGAAUGAUUCCAUUAUCUUUGAAGCUGAAAUGGUGAAGGUCUCUGUGACCAACAUUGUUCCCAUUUAAAUAUCUCUAUUCUCUACUUUUCUGUCAUCGAUCAAACAACCUUAUGAGUUAUGAAUAAGGAGACGUUUGAUGAGUUUUAAUAAGAUGAAGUUUAAAAUGCAUGUGAUGUAAUCGUUAUUUCUUGGUCGGUCU